UCCGGCGGCAGCGGCGGCUGCGCUGGGCUGAGCGGCAUCAUGGCCGGGGAUGGGCUUCGUAGUCGGGGCCGGCGACGGUCCCGGCCCCGGCGAGAGCAGCUUCCCGGAGCGCCGGCGGCGCGCCCUGCUCGGUGCUGCUAGCCAUGGCAAAUGGCAGCGGCGGCGGCGGCGGCGGCGGAGGCGGCGGCGGCGGUUCCAGCAGCAGCUACUACUCGGGCGGCGGAGGCGGCGGCGGCGGCAGCGGCAACAUUAGGAUGAGCAGCCCCGUCAGCGGCAGUCUGAACACGGCCUCGUCGUCGGCGCCCGCCCGGGCGCCCAACACUCUCAUCAUCCCCAUCACCAUGGAAGUGCCCUGCGACAGCGGGCAGCGCAUGUGGUGGGCCUUCCUGGCUUCGUCCAUGGUCACUUUCUUCGGGGGUCUCUUUAUCAUCCUGCUCUGGAGGACCCUCAAGUACCUGUGGACCGUCUGCUGCCACUGCGGGGGGAAGGAGAAGGAGGCCCAGAAGAUAACUGGCAGUGUGGAGACCCAGGCAGAUGGGGAUUUGAAAGGCACAGAUGAAAAAGAGGAAGUUGUGGCAGUAGAAGUGGGCUGGAUGACCUCUGUUAAAGACUGGGCAGGGGUGAUGAUUUCAGCCCAGACCUUAACCGGCAGAGUUCUUGUUGUUUUAGUCUUUGCUCUUAGUAUUGGUGCUCUUGUAAUAUACUUCAUAGAUUCGUCAAAACCAAUAGAAUCUUGCCAGAAUUUCUACAAAGAUUUCACAUUACAGAUAGACAUGGCUUUCAAUGUGUUCUUCCUGCUCUACUUCGGCUUGCGGUUCAUAGCAGCCAACGACAAGCUAUGGUUUUGGCUGGAAGUAAACUCUGUGGUUGAUUUUUUCACUGUUCCUCCCGUGUUCGUUUCUGUGUAUUUAAAUAGAAGUUGGCUUGGUUUAAGAUUUUUGCGAGCUCUUAGGCUGAUUCAGUUCUCAGAAAUCUUACAGUUUCUGAAUAUUCUUAAAACAAGUAAUUCCAUCAAGUUAGUGAAUCUGUGCUCGAUAUUUAUUAGCACAUGGCUGACAGCAGCUGGAUUUAUACAUUUGGUGGAGAACUCAGGGGAUCCAUGGGAAAACUUCCAAAAUAACCAACCACUUACAUAUUGGGAAUGUGUUUAUUUGCUAAUGGUUACUAUGUCCACCGUUGGCUACGGAGAUGUUUAUGCAAAAACAACCCUUGGUCGUCUUUUCAUGGUUUUCUUCAUCCUCGGGGGAUUGGCCAUGUUUGCCAGUUACGUCCCUGAAAUCAUAGAGUUAAUAGGAAACCGCAAGAAAUAUGGUGGUUCCUAUAGUGCGGUUAGUGGAAGAAAGCACAUUGUUGUCUGUGGCCACAUCACUUUGGAAAGUGUGUCCAAUUUCUUGAAGGACUUCCUACACAAGGACAGGGAUGAUGUCAACGUAGAAAUUGUCUUUCUGCAUAAUAUCUCCCCUAAUCUUGAAUUGGAAGCUCUUUUUAAACGACACUUCACUCAGGUGGAAUUUUUUCAGGGUUCGGUUCUCAAUCCACAUGACUUGGCUAGAGUAAAGAUAGAGUCAGCAGAUGCUUGCUUGAUCCUUGCCAACAAAUACUGCGCAGAUCCAGAUGCUGAAGAUGCUUCUAAUAUCAUGAGAGUAAUUUCUAUAAAGAACUACCACCCAAAAAUAAGAAUAAUCACUCAGAUGCUGCAGUAUCACAAUAAGGCCCAUCUGCUGAAUAUUCCAAGCUGGAACUGGAAAGAAGGCGAUGAUGCCAUAUGCCUUGCAGAACUUAAGCUGGGAUUCAUUGCCCAAAGCUGCCUGGCACCAGGCCUAUCGACCAUGUUGGCAAACCUCUUCUCCAUGAGAUCAUUUAUAAAGAUUGAAGAGGAUACUUGGCAGAAGUACUACUUGGAAGGAGUAUCUAAUGAAAUGUACACAGAGUAUCUUUCUAGUGCCUUUGUUGGUCUGUCAUUCCCUGCUGUUUGUGAGCUGGUCUUUGCAAAGCUAAAGCUUUUAAUGAUAGCCAUAGAAUACAAGUCGGAAAAACGGGAAAGCAGUAUAUUGAUCAACCCUGGAAAUCAUGUGAAAAUUCAAGAGGGUACGCUAGGAUUCUUCAUUGCAAGCGAUGCCAAAGAAGUGAAAAGGGCCUUCUUUUAUUGCAAGGCAUGUCACGAUGACAUCACAGAUCCCAAAAGGAUUAAAAAAUGUGGCUGCAAACGACUUGAAGAUGAACAACUGACGUUGUCACCCAAAAGGAAGCAACGGAAUGGAGGAAUGAGGAACUCUCCAAACUCUUCGCCCAAACUGACGAGACAUGAUCCUUUAUUAAUCCCUGGCAAUGAACAAGUUGACAACAUGGAUUGCAACGUGAAAAAAUACGACUCCACGGGAAUGUUUCAUUGGUGUCCACCAAAGGAGAUUGACAAGGUUAUUUUGACCCGAAGUGAAGCUGCUAUGACCGUCCUCAGCGGCCAUGUGGUGGUUUGCAUAUUUGGAGAUAUGACGUCAGCGCUGAUAGGACUGAGAAAUUUUGUGAUGCCACUCCGAGCAAGCAAUUUCCACUACCACGAGCUCAAACAUAUCGUCUUUGUGGGCUCCUUGGAAUAUUUAAGGAGGGAAUGGGAGACCAUGCAUAACUUUCCCAAGGUCUCCAUUUUACCAGGUACACCAUUAAGCCGAGCUGAUUUAAGAGCUGUCAACAUCAACCUCUGUGACAUGUGCGUCAUCCUGUCAGCCAAUCAGAAUAAUAUUGAUGACACUUCACUGCAGGACAAGGAAUGCAUCUUGGCGUCACUCAACAUCAAAUCUAUGCAGUUUGAUGACAGCAUUGGGGUCUUGCAGGCUAAUUCCCAAGGGUUUUCGCCACCCGGAAUGGACAGGUCAUCACCCGACAAGAGUCCAGUGCAUGGCCUUCUUCGUCAGCACUCCAUUACAACGGGAAUCGAUAUCCCUAUUAUUACUGAGUUAGCUAAACCUGGCAAACUUCUGCCUUUGGUUUCAAUCAGUCAGGAAAAAAACAGUGGAGUUCAGAUUCUAAUGAUAACCGAAUUGGUAAAUGAUUCUAACGUUCAGUUCUUGGAUCAAGAUGAUGAUGAUGACCCCGACACAGAACUCUAUCUCACCCAGCCUUUCGCCUGCGGAACGGCCUUCGCGGUUAGUGUCCUGGAUUCCCUCAUGAGUGCGACGUACUUCAAUGACAAUAUUCUCACCCUGAUACGGACUUUGGUGACGGGAGGGGCCACACCAGAACUGGAGUCCCUGAUCGCCGAAGAGAAUACGCUCCGGGGUGGCUACAGCACCCCCCAGACGCUGACCAAUAGGGACAGGUGCCGGGUGGCUCAGCUGGCCUUGCUGGAUGGACCCUUUGCAGAUCUUGGGGAUGGUGGUUGUUAUGGAGAUCUAUUUUGUAAAGCUUUGAAAACUUACAAUAUGCUCUGCUUUGGAAUAUACCGAUUAAGAGAUUUCAACUCAAGCACGCCUAGCCAAUGCACGAAACGUUUUGUUAUAGCCAACCCACCUUAUGAAUUCGAACUGGUUCCGACUGACUGGAUCUUCUGCUUGAUGCAGUACGACCACAACGCCGGCCAGUCUCGGGCGAGUCUCUCUCACUCUUCCCACUCUUCGUACGCAUCUAGCAAGAAAAGCUCUUCAGUCCAUUCUCUGCCAGCUACGGCGAAUCGACAGAACCGCCCAAAGUCCAGAGAAUCCCGGGAAAAGCAGAAUGCCACAAGGAUGAAUAGGAUGGACCAAGAAAAGAAAUGGUUUACAGAUGAAUCGGAUAAUGCCUAUCCCAGAAACAUUCAAAUCAAGCCCAUGACCACUCACGUGGCCAAUCACAUCAACCAAUAUAAGUCUACAAGCAGCUUGAUUCCACCAAUCAGAGAAGUCGAAGAUGAAUGUUGACUCCUAGGAUGGGACAAUGCGUUUCUUUCUUUUUAAUAAAAAAAAUAAUUAAAAAAAUAGCAAGAGAGAGGACCUGACGGACUUCAUGAAUGGUGAUAUAACAUUUAUUCCUCUUUAAUGCUGAACCUUUGGUGGGGAAAGUGAAUCAAAAGCAAGGGUUUGCCGGAAAGUACAGUAGACAGAUUUUUUUUGUUUGUCUGCCUUUAAUAUUUGCUUCCAUGUAUUUUGGAAACUAUUUCAUUUAUAUAUGAACAUAAUAAAAACAGUCAUGUAUAGUCUCUAGCAUUUUAAAUUAUUUUUAUUUAUUAGAAAGAAGAUAUAUGAUGAAUAUAUUUCUUUAUUCACUGUCAAGUAUUUUCCCUCAAAACAAGAAUAGCUGCAGAUUGUGGCUGGACUCCCAAAACAUUAUAUAUAGACACAAGGACAGAAAAGAGUAGGAAUAUAUAUAUAUAUAGAUAUUCAUAUUCAUAUUCCUACUCCUUUCUGUCCCUUUCAGGAGAAUGAUGGUCACAAUUCAAAGCAAAAAAUGUAAUUAAGAGAGAGAGAGAAAUAAUGUAUUUUAAACAAGUCCACUUGUAUUUUAGUAAAUCAAAGAAGAAGAAAAACAGAGAAGCGUUUACUAGAAUGUUUCUUUUCUGGAAGACAUGUAUUUUGUUUAGCAUUGACACCAGCUCUUAAUAAACUAAAGCUUAUUUAUUUUGGAAAAAAAAA